AUGGCGCCCAAGGAGAAGAGAGGUAUCUUUAAGGACUCAUCGAGAGUCACAGGUAGCAAGCACUCGACGCUGAAAAAUCCAAAUAUUCAAUCAUUGAGCGGGAUCACUCCCGCCGCCGGCUGUGCGGGUCGCAGGUCGCAGGACAUGCAGCAAGCGGUCCAGAUGUCCGCCACAUCAACAUCAUACCGUCCUGUAACAGAACCUGUCCGGCAAUACAUUACCGUCGUCUAG